AUGGGAGUUGAAAGCUACCUCAAUGGCCUAUGUGUGCGCGCCUCACGCUCGUGGCUACUUAGCUACACGGCCAUACAGUACUACUCUGCCUGUUGUGGUGCACUAGCCGGUGUCUUCUUCAUCUUGGCUUUCAUUGUUGCCGACUUCAUUCCUCCUCCACGUCCCAGCUGGGAUGCCCAAACUGUAGCAACUUGUUUUUACCAGGAUCACAUCACUCGCAUUCGUGCUGGCGGAGCUAUUCUCAUGAUAUGCGGAGGAUUCUACCUGCCAUUUUCGGCGUGCAUAUCCAACCAAAUCCGCCGCAUCCCCAAGGUCCCUUACAUGAUCCAUCAAGUACAGCUAUCAUCGGCGGCGGCAGGUGUCUGGACCUUCAUGUUGCCUGGUAUUGUUUUGUGCAUCACCUCUUUCCGACCUGACAGACCGGCAGAGAUUACACAGAUGCUCAAUGAGUUCUUCUGGAUCGUGGCUUUGAUGCCUUGGCCAACGUUUAUGGUCCAGAAUUUUGCCUUUGUCUAUGCCAUCAUCCUCGACACCCGUGAGAGGCCCCUGUUUCCCAAAUGGCUGAUUCCCUUCAACAUCAUCAUGCCCAUUCUCUUUGCCUUUGCCACGGGUGUACACACGGUCAUGGACGGCCCCCUCGCCUGGGACGGUGUUAUCACAUUCUACAUUGUCGGUUUCACUUUUCUCGUGCAGCUCAUUACGGAUGCCGUAUUCUUGGCCCUCUCUGCUCGGGAAGAAUACCGUUCUGGAGAUGCUGUUACCCUCGGAAAUGAAGUCCGAGAUUACCACGAACAAGGGGAGAAGAAUGGCCGCACUAUCCCGGCCGUUUAA